CAGUUUCCGGUUCCGGGCGCAAAGGCCCCACGUGUUCCGACCCGCCGGGCCCCGCGCGGCUCGGAUCCGGCGGCGCUGCCUCUGCCGGGAGUGGGUGGGGGAGAAGCCGGGGCAGGGGAGGAGCCGCCCGAGCUGUUGGAGCCGUCCCUUGGGAGAAACUCCUGGAUUCGCGCAGGCUGAUAGAGGGGGAACUGUGUGAGCUCUCGAUGGUGUGAGGCCACCUUAGAGCCAGACAAUGGCUACUGCCUUGGAGCCGGAGGACCAGGAUCUUUGGGAAGAGGAGGGAAUUCUCAUGGUGAAGCUGGAAGACGACUUCCCCUGUGGGCCAGAGUCUGUGUCACAGAGGGAUGACCCUGUGCUCGAGACGUCGCACCAGAACUUCCGGCGCUUCCGCUACCAGGAAGCAGCCAGCCCGCGGGAAGCCCUCAUCCGCCUCCGAGAACUGUGUCGUCAGUGGCUGAGGCCAGAGCGGAGGACGAAGGAGCAGAUCCUGGAGCUGCUGGUGCUCGAGCAGUUCCUCACCGUCCUGCCCGGGGAGCUGCAGAGCUGGGUGCGGGGCCAGCGGCCCGAGAGCGGCGAGGAGGCCGUGACCCUGGUGGAGGGUUUGCAGAAACAGCCCAGGAGACCAAGGCGGUGGGUGACUGUCCAUGUUCACGGCCAGGAAGUCCUGUCCGAGGAGACAGUGCCUCCAGGAGCAGAGCCCGGGUCACCUAGUGAGCUGCAGGACCCUGCACAGACCUUGACCCCCGAGGAGCUCCGUGAGGAGACCACACAGAGCCCAGAUCUGGGGGCAUCAGAAGAGCAGACCCCGUGCCAGGAGUCGGAGCUCCAGCCCCUGCAGGAGAGCGAGGUUCCAGUGCCCCAGGACCCAGCCCUUCCUGAAGAGACGAACCCUGGAAACGCCGAGAUGGUCGCCCUUCUCGCUGCUCUGUCACAGGGCUUGGUCACUUUCAAGGAUGUUGCCGUGUGCUUCUCCCAGGACCAGUGGAGUGAUCUGGAUCCAACCCAGAAAGAGUUCUAUGGGGAAUACGUCUUGGAAGAAGACUGCGGAAUCGUGGUCUCCCUGUCCUUUCCAAUCCCCAGACUAGACGAGAUCUCCCAUGUCAGAGAAGAAGAGCCUCUGGUCCCAGAUGUCCCAGAGCCUCAGGAGCCUGAAGAGCCAGAAAUUCUAAGUUUCACCUACACAGGAGACAGGAGUGACGAGGAGGAGGAGUGUCCUGAGCAAGAAGAUCUGAGUUUGGAGGAUCCACACAGGUCUGUGUCGGGAGAUGCAGAAAUUCACCAAACUCCAGACUGGGAAAUAGUCUUUGAGGAUGAUCCUGGGAGACUUAAUGAAAGAAGAUUCAGCACAAAGAUUUCUCAAGUCAAUAGUUCAACGAAUCUUCAGGAAACCAUGCCUGUCCACCCCCUGUUAGGGAGACAUCAUGACUGUCCUGUGUGUGGAAAGAGUUUCACUUGUAACUCUCACCUCAUUCGACACCUGAGAACUCACACGGGAGAGAAACCCUAUAAAUGCAUGGAGUGUGGGAAGAGCUACACACGGAGCUCCCAUCUCGCCAGGCACCAGAAGGUACACAGGAUGAACGUUCCUCACAAAUACCCGCUAAACCGGAGGAAUCUGGUUGAGGCUGCUCCUCUGGGCCAGGCCGAGAGAACCCCACCCGUGGAGAAACCCUAUAGGUGUCAGGACUGCGGGAAGCACUUCCGCUGGACUUCCGACCUCGUCAGGCACCAGAGGACGCACACGGGAGAGAAGCCCUUCUUCUGUACCAUCUGUGGCAAAAGCUUCAGCCAGAAAUCCGUGCUCACCACCCACCAAAGAAUCCACCUCGGAGGCAAGCCCUACCUGUGCGGCGAGUGCGGCGAGGACUUCAGCGACCACAGGCGGUACCUGGCCCACCGGAAGACGCACGCGGCCGAGGAGCUGUACCCGUGCAGCGAGUGCGGCCGCUGCUUCAGCCACAGCGCCGCCUUCGCCAAGCACCUGCGGGGACACGCCUCGGUGAGGCCCUGCCGCUGCGGCGAGUGCGGGAAGAGCUUCAGCCGGAGGGACCACCUCGUCAGGCACCAGCGGACACACACAGGCGAGAAGCCGUUCACGUGCCCUACCUGCGGGAAGAGCUUCAGCAGAGGCUACCACUUAAUCAGGCACCAGAGGACCCAUUCACAAAAGGCCUCCUAGCCAGGGCCUCACGUAGGGACACCUGCCUUCGGCCUUCUCCUGGGGACGGGCUGGGAGAGGCCCUCUUGUCUGCUAGAGGAGACCUUGUCUAGGGCGUCUGCCUGACCUGCCCAAGUCUGAUGACACCUUCCCGCAGCUAAAUUAGCCCCAGGCAGGACCUCUCAGCCUUCCUCCACACCUUGAGGAGACAUUCUUCCCAAAGUUCGCCUGAAAUGAGGCCUCUCCUUGGCUAAAAGGCUUCUGCCUCCGCCUGACAGGUGUGAAGCAGGGGGAGUAGAAGACGUAAGAGGUCGGGCUUAUUAUACUUGCCCCCAUCCUGAAGAUGAUUUAACAGCCUCAGCUUUGAAGUGGCCCAGGACCAAUCCUCGGGGUUGGUGAGGGACCAGCCUUUACGAUGCCGUCCUCCCUGGGCUCAAACCUUAAAGCACACAGCCCUGAAGUCAGGGCAGGAGAACCAUGUCUAGAUGGCUCUGCCUCACCCCACAGGUUACCUGUACAAACCUCUUACUGGUUCACUUCCUCACCAUGCACUUUCCUUUGACUCUGGGGAGAGGUGUGAGUAGCAUUUGAUGGGCAGAAACAUGAAGGCGGCUUCAUGUAGAUCUCGUCAGGCUGCUCUCCUCUCCGAGGUCAAAACGACACCAGGUGCCAGACACUGCUUGAAAGGGGGGCCCAGUCAGCAGCCUCUUUCCUCGUGGUUGUUUCUCCUGUGAGGAGGCUCAUGAUGGGCCUCCCAGUUUCUUGGUUUUGUCCCUGGCACUUAUUCUGCCACAAGUGGGAUGUAGCAUUUGGGUGCCGAGGGAUUCAGUAAAGUCUGAUUAAAAUCAUGGUGAAAUCAUUUACAUUUCCAUGUAUACACAAGCCCACCCACCCCAUCCUUGUCACAUGGGUUUGUGCGGGGAUUUUUGAGAUGGUAUCAGCUGACAAAGGCACUCUUAACAAUUGUAGAAUCAUGAUGGACAGGCUCACUUUAUUUACAUGAAGGGAAUUGGAGAAGAUCUGAGCUCAAAUUAUGGGAAAAUUAAGAAAGAGCUGUUGCUGCUGACCAAGGCCAUCUAGACUAUUCUCCUGACUCCCCACCCUCAUCUUCCCUGCCUCACUCUCUGACAUCAGAGAGACCUGGGACCCUGAAGAAUUUACCAGGAGUAAAUGGCUUUGAUAUCGGCAUUGUUUGCUUUUUCUUACAUGAUUUCAUUUUCAUGUAAGAACUAAUGUGUAGGAUCUCAUGGCCCAAGGGUCUCUGUUGUCUGGUAGAGGUUCUGUGGAGCUGAGGCUGAAUACUCAUGAACCUCACCUGCUCUGAUUGUGGACUUGGCCAGGACUGGGGAGACCAUUCCCUCCAUCCAUGGAGCACAGGGUAUGGGAUUAAAGCAUGAAAAGGGAGA